UGAGCUUCCAUGUCUCCAUUGCAAGUCUGGACACCUUCUCAGCACCUUUGCUGAUUUUGAACAGUCUUUGGUCCCUCUCUCUUCGCCAUUUCCCUCUUCCAUUUAUAUAUAGAAAUCUCAUGCAUUUCCCACAAGACCCCAAGCAAAGAGAACAGCGUAAGAAGAUGUCGGCGAUUGCUUAGGCUUUGAUUCAUUUGAUCACUUCAAGCUUCAAGAAAAUCAAUUGGGAGAUCAGAUUCCUAAAGCUUUCUCCAGUUUCCCAAUUCCCGAAUGGCUGUCAGGAAGACUAUAUCGUGGAAAUCUAUCGUCCCGGGGUGCUACAGGCCCGAGACAAAGAAGCCCAAGAAGCAAGUCACGAAGCAGAGCUCGUUCCAGAGGAUAUCCAUAUCGGACCUGAGCGACCCCAGCUCGAUCACGACUCUCUCGGAGGACCUGUCUGUGUCACUUGCUGGGUCCAACCUCUAUGCGUUCAACCUCCAGGAGCUCAAGGUGAUCACGCAGAGCUUCUCGUCCAGCAACUUCCUUGGGGAGGGCGGAUUCGGCCCUGUUCACAAGGGAUUCAUCGAUGACAAGCUCCGGCCAGGCCUCAAGGCUCAGCCCGUGGCUGUGAAGCUCCUGGACUUGGAGGGCCUCCAAGGCCAUAAGGAGUGGCUGACGGAAGUGAUUUUUCUCGGGCAACUGAGGCAUCCCCACCUGGUGAAGUUGAUCGGUUACUGCUGCGAGGACGAGCACCGGCUCCUAGUGUACGAGUACAUGCCGCGAGGCAGCCUGGAAAAUCAGCUCUUCAGAAGAUUCUCGGCUUCACUUCCUUGGUCGACAAGAAUGAAGAUCGCUCUCGGGGCGGCAAAGGGCUUGGCUUUCUUACACGAGGCAGAGAAGCCAGUCAUAUACAGAGACUUCAAAGCAUCAAACAUCCUAUUGGACUCGGACUAUACUGCUAAGCUCUCAGAUUUCGGGCUUGCGAAGGACGGUCCAGAGGGAGACGACACACAUGUAUCCACCCGAGUCAUGGGCACGCAAGGCUAUGCUGCCCCCGAAUACAUCAUGACAGGUCAUCUAACGGCAAUGAGCGAUGUCUAUAGCUUCGGAGUGGUGCUGCUGGAGCUCUUGACUGGAAGGAAGUCGGUGGACAAGAGCCGGCCACACCGAGAACAGAACCUCGUGGAGUGGGCCAGGCCCAUGUUGAACGAUGCACGGAAACUCAGCCGGAUAAUGGACCCAAGGCUUGAGGGUCAGUACUCGGAGACGGGGGCCAAGAAGGCGUCUGCACUGGCCUACCGGUGCCUGAGCCACCGGCCAAAGCAGAGGCCCACGAUGCGCACUGUGGUCGAGAUCUUGGAGCCCCUGAAGGACUUUGCUGACAUUCCUAUCGGGCCAUUCGUGUACACGGCUCCAGUAGAAAGCGACUCGCCAAAUGAAGAUCAUCAUGCUAAGGAAGGGGAAAGGGAAGGGAAGAAAAGGAAUGGGAAUCACCACCACCACCACCAUGGCCACAAGUCCCAUUCGAGAUCUCCAAAGUCUCCGAUUUCCUCCGACAAUUCACCAGUCCGCCACACCAAGCACAAGAGCGGUUUGCGGUCUCCAUUGAGUGAGAAGGGAAGGGGAGCCUAGGCAAUAGACCCUAUAGAAGUAACUGUAUAAAAGGACAGUACUGUACAUAGAUACUGGCCCGAAGGUCGACCUGAAUUGCACAUCGUAGGCCAUUGGGUCCAUUACGUUAGGCGUCUUCAAUCAUAUAUAUCCGUUACAUCGUGCAGUCCCACACCCUUUUAUAAAGCGAAGCAAUGCGAUACAAACAGCUGCCCCGAUUGAUCAAGGAAAAAUAUCCAAGUUAGGAUUUUUAUUUUUCAUAUAGGGAAGUUUUUGAAGUGCAUGUAAUUAUUGAUUAUUGAGUGUAAUUUUGAAUUCAGAUGGAAAUAGAAGACAGACACAGAUUCAAGGGA